AUGCCAACCCACCCGAGGUCUCAUGUUUCAGCUAUGACCACGCCCCACUGAGUCAAUUGUGAUGAAGCAACGAGUACGUACCUAACACGCCAGCUUUGUUUUAUGCGGAAGGGAUUUAAGAAUGAGAAUUUUAUAGUCAUACGAAGGCUUUCAAAGUCAUGUUCUUGAUUAGCAGGUUGACCAGUAUAGAGAGGGCUUCAGCUUCCAUGUGUCGAGCAGACCCGAACCAGUGCCAAAGCCUGAAUGCAAGUCCCUAUCUAAUGCAAAGCCGACUUGGGGUUCGAAAAAUUCAAGUUCAGAGGACAAUAAGCAAUACAAGUUCCCUUGCUGCCUCGAGUUCCUUAAGCCCCAGAGAAUGGCUGAUUAUACUGUAUCUAAACACAGGUUAGAGACCCAAAAAACUCACUCAUUCUCUCUCAAUUCCAUUGAGAAUGAUGAUUCUCAAGAGCAUCCUCAUAAAGAUGAUGAUAACCCAUUGUUUGACUUAGAUUUUACUUUGCCUCCGGACUAUGAUUGUCUCUUGAAAAACAACAGUGGCCGAUGCAGAGACGAUGAUAAAGAAGCAGAAGAAUUGAGAUUUAGCUUCUCUUUUUCAAACUCCAUUAAUCAUAACAGAAAUCAAUCCAUUUUUCCUGCAGAUGAUCUGAUCUACAAAGGCCACUUGCUUCCACUCCAAGUUCCUCCAAGUUUAGACAUGGCCAGGCAGCAUGAGGUUGGUGAUGGGAAAGGAUCUCUGCACUGGGGUAAUGUUAACGGGGUCAAGUCCCAGUUCCCCAAUUUGCUCAAAACUGCUACUAAGUUGAAGAUAUCCCUGCUUCGAUUUAAAAAAUCAGCUAGGGUUGGGAUGGAUUUGGAAGGUGAAUGUGGAAGGAGCAGAGAUUCAAACGUGCAGAGGCAGAGCAAGUAUUUCAUUGUGAAAUUCAAGAUGGUGGAUCUUCCCCUGUUUUUUCGUUUUAUUGGAGACAAUUCAAGAGGUUCAAAGACAGAUGAGAGCAGAAACUGGUUUCAGAGGAAAUCAGAGGUCUCCCAUCAGAAUUUUGGACAGUGUAAAAGCAAUGAAAGGGAUAAGAAAAGGGUAAAGGAGGUUGUUCAAAAGUAUGUGAAGAUGAUAAAGCCUCUCUAUUUGAAGAUUUGUCAGAAGUAUAGCGAGAAAACCAAGCAUGAACCUAUUAAGAAAUCUCGUGUUGCCAAUAGAACUAUACACACUGGAUUUUCUGGCUCAGAGAGAAUUCAUCAAAAACGGCUUUCUUUCUAUGAUAAGUUGAAAAUGGUUUACAAGCCUUCCUGUAAGGAGGAUAACUCAUUUUCUAGUUUGAAUCCUGCAGUCCCUAAAAACUAUAGUGAGAGCACAGUAAUGGAGUUGCAGAAUGCCAUUCAAGGAGCCAUUACCCACUGCAAACGGUCCAAUUACACUGAAGAUGCCUCAACCUCUUCAGCUUUGGAAGGUUCACCCUACUCCUAAUAGAUCUCUUGUAGAGGAUAUUUUCAUUGGAGGCUUCUGUUGGAGUUCUGCAAAAGAAAGCAAGCCAUCAGAAGCACAUGAAACGGUCAAUGUUGCACAUUUUGAUAGGGUCAAUUUUUUAAUUUUUUAAGAUUGAAAAAAUCUGAUAGUCUGUUUAUAAAUUGUAGUGUAUCUGAUAAAUUUUUAACAUGAUCAGUGAUGCUGGUGUGACACGCCCUCCAAUAUUAAUAUUAUAUAACCUACUAGUUAACUUUGAUUUGUGUCCAUGGUUAUGAGAUCCAUAUAUACCAGGCUUCAGAAAGCUUAUAUGCCUCUAGUAGCAUUUGAAUUCAGUCGAUGCAACCUGCUAAUGUUUUCUUUCGCACCAAGGAUGAAAAUCUCUGACUUGUAAACUGUAAAACUUAAGGCAGUCUCUAUAGAGCAGAAUAACAGCUGUACAGAGUACAUUCCUCA